AUGGCUUCCCCGGAAGAGCAAGCAGUUGCCUUCAAGAAUGAAGGCAAUAAACACUUUGCAGCUCACGACUGGCCUGCAGCUAUCGAAUCCUACACCAAAGCGAUUGAGUUAGAUAACAAAGUGCCAGCUUAUUUUUCAAAUAGGGCGCAGGCAAAUAUCAAAUCAGAAGCUUAUGGUUAUGCUAUAGCAGAUGCGACAAAGGCCAUUGAGCUGGAUCCCAACUUUAUCAAGGCUUAUUAUAGACGAGGUGUUGCGCAUGCGGCCAUCCUAAAACCGGGAGAAGCUAUAAAGGAUUUUCAAAUAGUUGUGAAGAAGGCUCCGGGCGACAAGGAUGCGAAACUCAAAUUGGCCGAGGCCCAGAAGAUUGUCAAGCGGAAUGCCUUCGAAAAGGCAAUCGAAGUUGGGGAUGAGCCUUCAGCCGCCGAAGGCUUGGAUCUUGACUCGAUGGUUGUUGAUAGCAAUUACGAUGGGGCGCCCUUAGGGAACGAAAUGACGCAGGAGUUUAUCGAUGAUAUGUUGGACCGCUUCAAAAAUGGGAAGUUAAUACAUAAGAAAUAUGUCUACCAGAUCGUAAUCGCGGUCAAAAAUAUCGUCUAUGAAGAAGCAACUAUGGUCGAGAUGGAGGUAAAGGACGAUACGAAACUAACGGUUUGCGGAGAUACACAUGGUCAAUUCUUUGACUUGAUGGAGCUCUUUAGACUUAACGGGUUCCCCACAGAGAAGCACCAGUACCUGUUCAACGGCGAUUUUGUGGACAGAGGUUCUUGGUCUACAGAAAUCGCCCUUCUCCUAUAUGCUUAUAAAUGGCUACGUCCGGCUUCCUUCUUCAUCAACCGGGGGAAUCAUGAGACUGAUGACAUGAACCGCGCAUAUGGGUUUGAAGGCGAAUGCAAAGCGAAAUACAAUGAGCGAGUCUUCAAGCUAUUCUCGGAAAGCUUUUCGGCACUCCCACUUGCCACACUCGUAGGCCAGAAAUACCUCGUCCUACAUGGCGGAUUAUUCUCGGACGACAAGGUCACAUUAGACGAUAUCCGGAAACUUAAUAGACACAAUCAACGCCAGCCAGGCCAAGCAGGGUUGAUGAUGGAAAUGUUAUGGACGGAUCCACAGACGGAGCCUGGUCGCGGGCCAAGUAAGAGAGGUGUCGGUAUGCAGUUUGGUCCAGAUGUCACCAAGAGGUUCUGCGAUAACAACGGCCUGGAUGCCAUUAUUCGUAGUCACGAGGUGCGGAUGGAAGGUUACGAAGAAGAGCAUGCUGGAAAGUGCAUCACAGUUUUCUCCGCCCCUAGAUACUGCGAUAGCACCGAGAACAAGGGUGCCUAUAUAAAUAUCGGCCCUGACUACAAGCUCGACUUCCACAAAUUCGACGCAGUGCCACAUCCCAAUAUCAAGCCAAUGGCCUACGCACAGAACAGUCUAAUGUCGAUGACCUAG